AUGCCUGCUUUCCUUUGUUGCUCAGUGUCUGCAUCGUUCUCGAUCUCGUCAGACGAGCACCCACCUCCAGCACCUUCAGCUGGCAGGGAGGUCCCGUGCGUCGGUUCUGGCAGCGAUGUGCGCGCCGAGACCACCACCGCCGAAAAGCAUGCAUACAAAUUGCAUAAGCUGCUCGAUGAUGCCUUACUUCCUGGCCAACUGCCAGGCUCGCCGGGGGACGCGGCUUCUGGUCGUAGCCUCGAUGCGGAACAGAAAACAGGCAUACCGCUGCUUGAGGACACGCUGUGCCGCAGCACAAACGCACGUUCUCACGUGUCAGCCUUGGGGCGGACCGCCGAUUAUGCCGGUCACCCGGAGCUGGCCCCGGAUGCACCUGGCCGGCCCGCCAUCGGCAAGCUUCACAUUCCCGUCCACCUACAAAGCAGUUCUUCUUGCUUUGCCGCCGAGUAUCGUGACGGCGAGCCGGUGACAUCCGCUGCCUCCUUCAGCGCCCGCGACGACGCCCCAAGCCCAAACGGCGUAUGGGAUCUUCUUGAACCGCCCUUCAUGCUUGCUACUUCUUGGAAGUCCGGUCAACGUCGGCUGUGCAGGCGGUUCCAAUUGGGGGAAAUGGACAAUGGAACCGUUGAAAUGUGGUCCUCCGCAGCGUCACAGAUAAUCCGAAAUGGAGACAUGGAGAAAAGGGGAAAGCAGUUGCAGCGUGAGCUGGACACCGCUGCGGCUCUGCCGUGUUGCCCGCUACUGCUACUGCCACACCGAGUGUACGAACAAUCGGAUGCCGUAUACGUGGUGUACGACAGCACGGGCGAAUACAGCGAUCUUUACAGUUUGUUGCGCACGAAACAACGGUUGCCAGAGGCGGCUUGUCGCAAUGUUAUGCGACAGUUGUUGCAGGCCCUUUCCGUACUGCACGAGCGGCGCUGGGUGCAUCGGAACAUCAGCUCCGAAACCGUGUGGGUUACGGAGGCAUCCCAGCCGCUGCGUCCACGCUCCCAGCUGGCAGCUCGUUUCCCCCCAUUGGAGCUCACACCUCAACUAGCAUUACACGGCUCGCACCAACGUGGGCCACAAUCACACCCACAACAACUGCCCCAGCAGCAAGCGCUUGAUGCGAUGGAUGCCCUUACCGCCGCAGCCGUCCCGGUUGGAAGCCGCAGCCAUAGCCGCACCAGCGGCGGCAGCGGCGGACGCCGGGGCUCGGCGGGGGGCGGCUGGGUACCGGUGACGGAUGACACGCGGCGGCCACCGCCGCCAAUGUCCGGCAAUAUCAGUAGCAGUAGCAGCAGCCGCGGCGGCGGCGGCUGUAGCGACACCUGCGAUCCGCAACAGCAGGAGCAGUUGCUGCUGCUUCACUUGAAGUUGGGGGGUCUUGCGGCGGCGGCUCGUCCGGAGGUGGAGGAGGUUACGGGGCGGGAGGUGCCGUUGAGAGAGCUGGUGGGGUGUGCGUACCACUGGGCACCGGAAGCCAUCAGCGGGGCCGGGUACGGCCGGGCAGCUGACGUGUGGGCCGCGGGGGUGUUGCUGUACAUGAUGCUGACCGGCCGACCGCCCUUCCCAGGCGGCAACGAGCUGGAGGUUAUGACGCGGGUAUUGCUAGCCGCAGCUGCAGCCGCCACGACUUCCGGCCCCACUCUAACCGCCGCAACCGCCGCCACGGAAAGCGAUGACAAGCCCGGUAACGCAGGAGUUGGUCGUACAGGCGGUUCUCGAGUCCCACGCCAGCUCGGCGUGUCGUGA